CUUCCGGAAGCAUGAUUGCUAGAUUUUCAUUUGCCUCUUGAUCUUUCCGAAUUGUCCAAUUUUAUGUGCUUUGGAUAAUAAAUUUCUUAUGUUCCUUCAUGUAAUCUACAUAAGUUUGAAUUCUUUAAAGUUUUUUGUCUGUUUUUCUGUAAUGCGAUUUAUUCUGGUUUUAGUUUAAUGGUUGCUAAUUUGUGGAGAGUGGUAGAAGAAGUGGGCGAGAGGAAGAGCAGGAUUGAGUUGAAACUUGGAAGAGCUCGUUCCUGAAUGAUUCAAAAAAAAAAAGAAAAAGAAAAAAGAAAGAGGGCCGGAAGUUGCUGGACUGUAUGAAUUUUGAAAAUUUCGUAGAAAGUUAUAAGUUACAGUGAAGUGAAACUUAGAUAAUUGCAGUUUAUUUUUCUUUUCCCUGUUGAAGAAAUGAAAAGCUAGAAAUGUUUAUGGGGUUAAUUUUGUAAUUAUAUAAUGGGUUGUACUGGAUCAACUAUUCAACUUGAUCGUUUUGUUUUUUGGCUGGGAGCCGGUAGUUAGUAAAUGUCCAACGAUCACCCUGGCCUUCUCUUUCCUGAGCUUCACCUUGGUUUCUAGUAGGUUUUUACUUUGCCAGUCAAAGCCUGGUGUUAUGCAGCUAAUUCUCUAAGGUGCUGAGUACGUGAUUUUGGAACAAACUUCUAGCUUCUUUGUUUGAGUUGUUAAGGAGUUUUGGUGUUUAGCCAUGGGAAAUAGUGAUGAGGCGAAGUCAUCCAAGCCUGAGAAAUCUUCUUCACCAGCACCAGACCAGGCAAAUGUUCAUGUAUAUCCUGAUUGGGCUGCAAUGCAGGCAUACUAUGGUCCUCGAGUUGCUGUACCACCAUAUUUUAAUUCAGCUGUUGCAUCUGGUCACCCCCCUCAUCCUUACAUGUGGGGUCCAGCACAGCCAUCUACUGUUCCAGCCUAUGAUGUCACCUUAUGGGACACCAUAUGCCGCAAUCUACCCUCAUGGAGGAGUUUAUGCUCAUCCUGGAGUUCCUUUAGGUUCACAUGCUAAUGGUCAUGGGGUUCUGCCAUCUCCUACUGUGACUGAAGCAACGGCUGCUGUUCCUUUGAGCUUGGAUACACCUGUCAAGUCAUCAGCAAAUACAGACAAAGGUUUUACGAAUAAGUUGAAAGGGUUUGAUGGGCUUGCAAUGUCAAUAGGUAAUGGCAGCAGUGACCGGGCUGGAGCAGGAUCAGACCAUGGGAUUUCACAAAGUGAGGAUACUGAAGGGUCAAGUGAUGGUAGUAAUGGCAACACAACAAAGGUGGGUCAAAAUAAUAAGAAAAGAAGCCGCGAAGGAACUCCUAGCGAUGCAGCUGGGGAAGGUAAGAAUCUGACCCCAAAGAGUCCGAUUCGUACAGGAGAAGUGAAUGGGACUUCUGCCAAAGUGAUGGGCAUGACUGUUGCUACUGCUAAUGAAGUUGAAAAGGUCAUGGGAAGUGUACUUUCUCCGAAUAUGACUUCGACUCUUGAACUUAGAAACCCUUCUGGUGGAAAUAUGAAGACAAGUCCUGUUAGUGAAGCCUGGCUGCAGAAUGAGCGAGAGCUGAAGCGGGAAAGGAGGAAACAGUCAAAUCGAGAAUCUGCAAGGAGAUCAAGAUUGAGGAAACAGGCUGAGACUGAAGAACUAGCUAAAAAAGUUCAAUCACUGACUGCCGAGAACCUAAGUUUGAAGUCUGAAAUACACAAAUUAACUGAGAGCUCUGAACGGCUGAAGCUUGAAAAUGCUACUAUGAUGGAGAAACUGAAAAACCCACAACUGGGGCAGACUGGAAAUUUGAGUUUAAGCAAGUUUGAUGAAAUGCGACUACAACCAGUUGGCACGGCAAAUCUACUCGCCAGGGUAAACAACUCUGGUUCUGUUGACAGGAAUGACGAGGAGGGUGAGGUGUUCGAGAAUACAAAAUCCGGGGCAAAGCUUCGCCAGCUGCUUGAUGCAAACCCCCGCACGGAUGCCGUGGCAGCUGGCUGAGUAGACGGUGUUCGUGGCUGUUGCCUGGAUUUUAUAACAAAGUAGAUGGUGUGAUUUUGGCAUAAUUACAAGUCCAAGAUUACGACUGACAUUAGAAAGAAGAAAAAUAGUUGCACAGGAUAUUAAGAAAUAUUCUAGUCUAAAUUUGUAAUCGAGCUGUUGACAGCAUUGAGAUGUAUUUUUGAAUUCAGAAUGCUGGGAUGGCCGCCGUGACUGGUACUGGUAGUUGAUUGUAAAUUGAAGAAUCUCAGAAAAAGCUUGGUUGGGCAUGUAAUAUUAGAUUUAGCUUUAACUUAAUUCUGUAGCUUAAGCAUUAUUUAAAAAAAAAAAAAA